AUGAACCUAUCCAUUGGCUACCAGGAGCCUGCGGCGUCUCCAUACUGGGGUCCACAAACUUCAGCGGUCAACUUUUGUGAGGAGGACUAUGUCAUCACGAAGUACAUUGCCGAGUUUGUCAAUACUUUGACCAGCCUUGCAUACAUCGGCUAUGGCCUCCAGGGAGUGUAUCGCCACAAGCGACAGAGCGUCGGACCUCUCGCCACAGUCACCCUUCCGUACUGGGGCCUCAUGGGUAUUGGCAUCUUUUCCGGACUUUAUCACGCCACGAUGAAGUACCACACCCAGAUGGGGGAUGAAAUGUCCAUGCACUUGGCAAUGGGCUGCGUUUUGAUCCGACUCUUCACUUUUCAGCGCGCGCCCGAAGUUCAACGCCGUAAUGCCGCGACCAUCGCCACCGGAUUGAGCUCGUUUGUCAUCUAUCACUGCCUGACGGAUGAAUUUGUCCUCCAUGUGAUUAUCUUCUUCUCGCUAUCGCUCACUGUGGGCUGGAUGACGCACGGAUUGGUCAAAAGUGGGUCAAGACCGGCAGUUCACAAAGAGAAGCUGUCUGGACUAGUCACUUUUGCAACUUGCAACGCACUCUUCGCCUACUUCCUCUGGAGCCUCGAUGUCAAUUUCUGUUCGACGCUGACGCGCUGGAAGCACGGCGUCGGUAUGCCGCUGGGGAUACUACUGGAGCUGCAUGGCUGGUGGCACAUGUUGACGGCUGUGUCUUGCUACACCUUCAUGGCCCUCAUCGAGUUUCUGACAUCUACCGACGACGAGAGCAGUCACGCACUAGGCUUUGUCUGGCCGGCUAAAGCAGUGCUCCAACAGCUCGGUUCGGACAAGAGGAAGACUUGA